AGAUCAAUGGAGAAACCUCCUUUACGAUUCCCACAGAAGACAUAAAGAGGACUGUGUACGUCACUGAAGGUUCAAAGGUUAGAGUAACCGCUUUCGUCACAGAGACGACCACGGGUGAGUGAGCCUUUUUAAAGCGUUGCCCACGAUCGCCAUCCUCUCUGAGGGCGCAGUUUGACGCGUUAUCGAGGAGAGUCAGUUCUGAAAAAUGGUCACGGUGGCUUAUCAUGCGUUUGAAAUCACCAUGCCAUCAGCUUUAAAAUUCGCCAUAGGCACUCUCCCGAAUACCUUGAGAAAUAAAUGUAAGCCAAAAGAACAGUAAGAACUGAAAGGACCGCAUUGCUAAUCAAAAUAGCCUUCAUUUAAAAAUUAAAUGGGAUUUUCUUAAAAAAUAAAGCGGUCAUGAAACGUUCCAUUAUAGAAAGUCACAAUAUUGAAACCAUGCAAGAAAGUCCCAAUAUUGAAACCAUGCAAGAAAGUCCUAAUAUUGAAACCAUACAAGAAAGUCCCAAUAUUGAAACCAUACAAGAAAGUCCCAAUAUUGAAACCAUGCAAGAAAGUCACAAUAUUGAAACCAUGCAAGAAAGUUCUAAUAUUGAAACCAUGCAAGAAAGUCACAAUAUUGAAACCAUGCAAGAAAGUCCCAAUAUUGAAACCAUGCAAGAAAGUCACAAUAUUGAAACCAUGCAAGAAAGUCCCAAUAUUGAAACCAUGCAGGAAAGUCACAAUAUUGAAACCAUGCAAGAAAGUCACAAUAUUGAAACUAUGCAAGAAAGUCCCAAUAUUGAAACCAUGCAAGAAAGUCCCAAUAUUGAAACCAUGCGAGAAAGUCACAAUAUUCAAAACCAUGCGAGAAAGUCUUAAUAUUCAAACCAUGCAAAGUCCUACAGCAUGAAGUAGACCUUAACAAUUGUUCUUUUUUUUUAACAGUAAAUAAGCGAGAUCUCAUAGAAAACUUUUAUCUAGAAACAAUCUGCCCAUUGUACAGUUACUAGAUUUCAAAAAUACUAUUAUUACGUUUUAUUUCUGUUACGCACCGUUGUUAAUAGGGAGAAAUUAAUCUCCUAUUUACUUGUAUGGCUCGUUUCAAAACAGUGCAUAACAAAAGACUAUACCAAAAGUAAAAACAAUAACAGAGAAAUACGAUACUCAGAUAAAGCUAAUUACAAUUAAUAAGUUUCAAUUUAGUUAGUAAUAAGGUAUAAAAGUCAAAAAGAAAUAUAAUUGAAAAGUUUUAAGUUACAGUAUAUUGUGUGGCUGGCAGGGGCGUAGCGAGGCUGUUUGGCACCCGGGGACAAGAUUCGCGCCCGGGGACAAGAUCCAUUUUAAAGCGCCAUCUUUUCUUUGUUAAACUCUCAAACCCAUUAUUGUUAGCAAUAAUAUAAUAUCAAAGCACAUUUUGGCGCCCCUAACAAGCUUGCGCCCGGGGACAACUGCCCCCCUGCCUCCCCUCGCUACGCCUCUGGUGGCUAGUACCAGUAAAAUGUCGAAAUAAAACACAGUGUGCAAAAAUGUGCAAACAAGGAAAAGAAGUGUACUGUAAACAAACUCUCAUACGUUCCAAAAUUAACUUCACUCGGCAUCUUCGUAUCUGCUCUGCAGUCUGCUUGCCAUUUGUCUGUAUUUAUAGAUUAUUCCAUAAAAAAUCCACCAUGUAUUACGCAUUGUAUUAGUGACUCACGCGUUCUACCAUUUCUACCAUUUUUCUACCUUUUUCGAGUCAAGAAAACAAGCGAUAGAUUGGUUUGUGGUGAACAUGAUCAAAGGGAAUAAGCCACGCCCAAUACUAACGCAGGCGAAUUGGUGUCAGCUUAAGGUCGUUCGCCAGAGUAAAAAUAGAACGCCUAUAUAUAACAAUAUCCCUGAAAAUACCGUAGCCCACAUUACACCAAACUGAAAAUAGAGACAGAUAUGAUAAUAGGUUCCAUUUUGACAAAUACAUUAUACGCCAACACACUUAAGUCAAUAAUUAGAGGGUAUUGAAAGAUUUGAAGAGAGUUUAUAUAUUUUUUUUUAAACAACUAAUUUAAUGCCGUCUCUCGUUAGAAUUUUGUCGCUUCUACUCUGCAUUCUGUCAAUGCAGUUAUAAUUUUUAGUUGUGAGGAACAUAGUUCACGUAUGAUAUAUUUAUAUCACUAAUUUUUAAUUUGAUAAUCCAGGCAUCAGACUGAAUGGUUCCAGCGUGGUGAAAUUUUACAGAAACAAAUUUCAAGUCAAGUUUUUAGAUAAAACACCAAAUGUCUUCAAACCUGGACUUCCGUACACGGCAUUUGUAAGUAAAUGACAAAAUCUGACAUUUGUUAAAUGUACAAACCCUACCUUACUUGUAGUGAAGCACGGGUGUAAUAUUCUAGCAUGACAUAAGAGAAAAAAGGAAAGAAAAAAAUGAGUCUGGUAUCACUGUAUAAUAGAUGACAUUUAUAAAACACCACUAUUAAUAAAUUUUAACGCGGCAAUCACCAUGCGUCAGUUACAACAUAAUCCACACAAAAAAAUUAUUAGACUGUAAAUACAAAAUACGCAACGCAGUUCAAGGUGGAAUGCCACAUAACACUAUUAGGCUACCUUUACUUUGGAACCCAAAAUUCGAUGCACGUGACACAGUUCCAAUCUCAGAAAAAGCAACUACUGUAUCUAUUUCCCAGUAACAUGCAUCAUCAUCACGACUAUUAUUCCAGGGAUCUGCUUUGACAUGGCGAACGAUGCAGCGUGUUUAAAACGCCUAAUUAUAGAAUAAAUUAACACCUGAAAGUAUUAAAUUCAAACAUAAACACUUAACACAAGUGCUUUGUAAAAAAAAAAUAUACUUAUUUAUUAAUGAUAUUUUUUUUAUAUUUUUGUUCUCUGACGCAUUGUCGCAAAAAUCAUUGCCAUAUUAUGCAGAUGUCACUUAAGGCUUCCCGCCACAUAGCCAAAGACAUCCAUAUGACUCUCUAAAACAUUCAGAGACGACCCUAAGCUUGUCUUCAUUUCCAACCCCUGUAUUCAUUUCUAAUCCUUUUCUUCAUAUCCAAUCCUUGUCUUCAUAUCCAAACCACUCUCUUCAUUUCCAACCCCUGUCUUCAUUUCCAAUCCUUGUCUUCAUAUCCAAUCCUUGUCUUCAUAUCCAAUCCUUGUCUUCAUAUCCAAUCCUUGUCUUCACAUCCAAUCAUUGUUCCUAUCCAAUCCUUGUCUCCAUAUCCAAACCACUGUCUUCAUUUCCAACCCCUGUCUUCAUUUCCAAUCCUUGUCUUCAUUUCCAUCCCCUGUCUUCAUAUCCUAUCCUUGUCUUCAUAUCCAAUCCUUGUCUUCAUAUCCAAACCACUUUCUUCAUUUCCAACCCCUGUCUUCAUUUCCAAUCCUUGUCUUCAUAUGCAUCCCUUGUAUUCAUAUUUAACACUAGUCUUCAAAUCAAACCCUUGUCUUCAUAUCCAACCUUUUUCUUCAUAUCCUACCCUUGUCUUGAUAUCCAACCCUUGUCUUCAUAUCCAAAUCUUGUCUUCAUAUUCAACCAUUGUCUUCAUACGCAUCCCUUGUAUUCAUAUCCUACCCUUGUCUUCAUAUCCAACCCUUGUCUUCAUAUCCUACCCUUGUCCUCAUAUCGAACCCUUGUCUUCGUAUCCAACCAUUGUCUUCAUACCUAAUCCUAGUCGAAAGGUUUGAAUUUUUUUUGUUUAAUUAAAAGAAAGAUACUUGUGAACUUCAACAGUGGCUGAAUGUGGGUCGUGUCUGAAAAGCCGCUGUUUACUUUGCAAACUGAUCAGUUACAGUUUUAGUUAAGGUCGUGCAUGCUCAUUUUUUCCCCCGCGUUUCAGAUUCAGGUGUGCAGCCCUGACAAAAUGCCUCCGCCUGGAAGCAACAACGUCAUCCAUGUCUACACUUACGUCACAUAUGCUAAGAAGGUGCCCGGCCAAGAUCUUUACGACGUAUCAUCGUUCACAGGGACGUACCCACUCCCUGGACAAAACCUUACAUUACCUGCCAGCGGCCUGUUGCCCAUAGAAAUUGACAUACCUAAAAAUGCCACAGAAAUCAACAUCAAGGUG